CAGAGGAGCGGUCUGCUGGGAGAGACACACGAAAAGUUAGUCAAGAUGGCAAAUCCCUCCGACCCGGAGUGAAGGGGCACCGCUCCCCCGGAACCACAGCCGAGCCUGCCGCCCGCCCGGAGACCAACCGGCGACAGGCCUGAGAGGGAUUCCCUGAAGAAAAAAUGCCACUGAAGCUGAAGUGACACAGCGUGUGCCGGGAGAGAGCUGACUCAUCAGAUAUCAAUCCCUCUGAGAGCAACUACACAGCAGAGAGCAGCUUGUAUCACUUAAUGCCUUGCUAGAAGAAAGAAGACCUCAUACCUUGCCCACCCUCGCAGACGGGGAUUAUCAAACAGGGGGGGGGGCAGUGUGGAAAUCCCUCCAGCAGGAAUACACCCAGCACAGAGACUAACAGCUGUCUUGCUGUCUCAGCUAAUGAAGACAAAGCUAAGAAUGAUGCUACAAUACUUCAGCUGAACUUUACCGGCUGUGCUCUUCUUCAGUACGACACCAGAGACCUCAGAAAUCACUGCAAUCCACUAAUUUCACCUGAAAACCAUCAGUGUUAAGCUUGGCCGACGUUGCUCUCUGAGUCAUUCCCGCUCAGCCCUGCUCAGCUCAGCCCGGCAAUAGCUGCUGCAGUCGGUCCAUUUCUAUCCCACCUUGCAGAUCAUGAUGUUUCGCGAUCAGGUGGGCGUGCUAGCCAGCUGGUUCAAGGGAUGGAACGAGUGCGAGCAGACGGUGGCUCUGCUGUCCCUGCUGAAGAGGGUGAGCCGCACCCAGGCCCGCUUCUUACAGCUCUGCUUGGAGCACUCCCUCGCCGAGUGCACAGAGCUCCAGGUCCUGGAGGGAGAGGCCAACAAUCCAGGUAUAAUUAGCCAGUGGCAAAGUGAACCUAAGGAGCGUGUGAUCUCCCUGGUCCUCACCCAUCUCCCCUUGCUCAAACCGGGCAAUGCUGAAGCCAAAGGCGAGUACAUGCGCCUGCUUCCACGUAUCCUGGCCCACACCAUCGAGCAUGGCCACCACCUGGAGGAGUCGCGCCAGCUGCUGUCCUACGCCCUCAUCCACCCCGCCACCUCCCUGGAAGACCGCGCCGCCCUGGCUCUCUGGCUCAACCACCUGGAGGAGAGGGCUGCCGCACGGGGAGACUCCCUGGAGAGGCCUCCCCCGGCGGGACCGCACCACCACCAUCACCACCACCAGUCCACGCCUCCGUCCACCCUCACCUCCUCCGGAUCCUCCUCCUCCACUAACACCUCUUCCUCGGGCAAUCUCUACUCGCUGCACCACCACCAGCGCUACGGCUCUGACGACCGCCUCAAUGGAUGGCAGAGGGACUCAGGGAUAAGCGGGGGCUGGCAUCAGCAGCAGGGCUGUGAGAACGGACACCUCCUUCUCUACCCAUCAUCCUCUGUGCCUGCGACCAUCAACACAGUUGGAACUGGCGGGGGCAGUAAUGCAAUCCUGACCAGUGGAAGUGGCAGCCAGCAGCACAGUCCCCUCAAGCGCUCUGUGUCCCUCACGCCUCCCAUGAGCGGCCCCAGCAACCAACCUCUGGGACAUGUGUGGCUGUCCCAGGAGGACCUGCGGACCGCCAGGGGCCCGGCCCCAGACCACGCCCCCCUGUCACCCCAGAGCAGCAUCGCCUCGUCGGGCAGCGGAGGCAGCGAACAUCUGGAGGACGCUGCUUUAGGAGGAGGCUCCAGUCUGCAUCGCAGCUCCUUCCAUGAGGAGGGCAGCGGCAUGAGGGAUGUUCCUGCUUGGCUGAAGAGUCUCCGCCUCCACAAGUACGCCGCUCUCUUCUCGACGAUGACCUACGACGAGAUGAUGUCGCUAACUGAAGAUCAACUAGAAGCACAGAAAGUCACUAAAGGAGCGAGACACAAGAUCGUUAUCAGCAUUCAGAAGCUCAAAGAGAGGCAGAACCUGCUGCGCAGUUUGGAAAAGGACGUGUUGGGAGGGAGCAAUCUCCGCACACCUCUGCAGGAGCUCCACCAGAUGAUCAUGACUCCCAUCAAGGCUUUCAGAGGGGGUGAGGAGACCUCACUGCAGCGCCCCCUGCUGAGCCCCGAAGGCAAGAGUGCUGCACCUGGCUCCCACCUGACCGGCGGCGGCGGCGGCGGUGGAGGAGAGGCUGAGUCCAGCACGAGCGUGAUCGCCGAGGGGGAUCUGCCCGGUCAGUUCACCCGUGUCAUGGGCAAAGUUUGUACCCAGUUACUAGUAUCGAGGUCGGACGAGGACAACAUCAGCUCCUACCUACAGCUAAUCGACAAGUGCCUUAUCCAUGAGUCCUUCACAGAGACGCAGAAGAAGAGGCUGUUGUCAUGGAAACAACAGGUCCAGAGGCUGUUCCGGUCCAUUCCGAGGAAAACCCUCCUUGAUAUAGCAGGAUACCGACCGCAGAGGAGGUGCGCACACCAAUACACGGCACUCUGCAGCUGCGGAGAAUCCAACCGUUUUGGCCAGUCCAACUCUCUCCCCACCGCUGGCUGUGUCGGGGGCAGCGUGUCGGCCAGGAGGAGCCUUCACCAGUUCCAGAUGCCCUCCAGGAGCUUGCCUGGUGCCAGGCUGGGCCUGCUGGGCAGCGCGGGGCUGCUGGGACCCACACCUCGCAGCUCCAGCAGCACACCCACCGGCCCCAAGCAAGGACGACACGGUCCGUGGUUCGCCAACCCCGGCGGAAGCAACAGCAUGCCCAGUCGGACCCACAGCUCUGUGCAGAGGACUCGCUCGCUGCCUGUUCACACUACUCCACAAACCAUGGUCAUGUUCCAGCAAGCCGAUCUUCAGUUGCCAGUGACAGAACCAGACAUCAACAAUCGCCUGGAGUCUCUGUGUUUGAGUAUGACGGAACACGCCUUGGGAGAUGGUGCCGACCGCACAUCAACGAUAUGAUCGGAGUACCUGAGUGAGAGCUGCGGGAUAACGCAGGUUCACAAGGCUCUCUCACAAUAAGUCACCUCGAGGUCACCAGCUCUCCCGUCCCCUCUCCCUGUAGCCAACGGUAGAGCUCAACCAAAGGACCGGGCGGGCGGGAUCCAAGAAACACGCCACAGCUGAUCACCACGCGGCUAACAACAAGCUAUCAAAUUGGCACCGUCCAUCACGAUGGAAAAACACACCUUCUGCUCCGCCAACAUGCUCACAGUCACCUGUGUCGGAGGCGAGGAGAGAAAAGGAAUACAACGUGGUCUGGACAGUGUGCGAACAGUGCCCCCCCCCCCGCGCCCUGGGCAGGCGAGAAGCUGUACUGCAGUCCAGUCAGCCCCAGCUGAAGGGAGACGCUGGCCGAGGAUCGGGGCUCAGUGAGACUGAGGCCCUCUCCCUCUCCCACACCGUCUGGUCCACUCACGUCGACCGCAGCUCGUGGCAUCGAUCAAAUCCAUAACCAUACCUCAGACCCCAAAACAAGACGGGACAAGCAGUGCCACAAUUAUUGAGAAGGAAGUUUGGGAUUUCCUGAGCUGUUUUCUCUGGGGAUUCAGCUGGUAGAGCUAGGGAAGGUCUCCUGCUCACUGUUGGGUGGCAAAAAAAAAGCAUUUAUUUUUUGUAUGUAUGUUUUUAUUGUUUACAUAUUGAUGCUACUUUCAGAGGGUACAGUAAGAAUUUCAGGUAUGACUUUUGUGUAAUUUUUCUGUAAAGCCUUGGCUAUCUACAAGCUUUACGUCCCACAAGUAGCCAUCACACUAGUUUACAACUAACGUGCUUAUUCUUUAUUUUAGCAGCCAGCAAAGAGAAGACAUGUAGAUCUGUGGAGAGCCAGAGGGAGGACAACGGGAGAAGGCAGAGCAGCUGUGUGAGCAGGGAUGAGAGGAAGAAGGUGAUGUGGAGAAAGACAAAAGAAAGUAGCAGAUGGAAGAAGUGAGCUGGUGUGAUGCUGGGAAGGGAAGCGGAUGUUUAAAGGAGGAAGACAUCAGAGGCAGGACCUUUGAUCAUGCAGUGAUGACGGAGGAAGAUGACGUUGUGGUUAAUCAUGUUGUGAGUCCGUUUUUCAUGUGAGUGAGUGUAGGAGGAAGUUAGUUUGGCACCGCUCAGUCACAUAUUGAUCAUCCAUAGUAAGUACUGUAUGAACUCUUUGAAUUCAGAAUAUGUGGCUUUUUAUAAACUGGGAGAUUGUAAAGUCAGUGGGAUCUGUCUGCAUGUUCAGAUACUGGGUUUAGUGUUUUAUUGUUUCUUCUAAAGCAGGGUGAUAUGCUGAAGCUGCAUGUUACAACUGAGUUUCUUUCUUGGAGGAAGAUGCUGAAAUGUGGAGUGGACAGAGCUGCAGAGGAGACACGAGGUGGAUUCCUCUCUGUGGCGCAACAUCAGAGAGAUCACACACUGUCAAUCCAUGAAGGGUUGUUUUCCCAGAGAUUGUCCCGUUAGUGUGUACCUCCACCUGCUGGCCACAUGCAGCAAUGGCACAAAAAGUACUGAGGUUCUCGGACAGAGAAAAGCCGAGCAGUUGGUUUAGUCAUGGUUGCAGGGUUCCCCUCACGUGUGUCAUCGUCCUCUGUCUGCUCUGUCCACACAGGCUGACAUGGAAAAUAUCCUCUUUUGGUUUUUAUUCUGAGUCUCAUGGUUAUUCUGUGUCUUAAUAUUUAUCCUCAGUUUUUUUUUGUGUGUGUGUCUGGAGUACAGUCUUUGUAAGAGUAGGUUUAUAUUGGAAUAAGCUGGUCAGGGGGCUCCUUCCUGUCUGAGUCCUGACCCCGAAAGGUCACCUUUGAGCGAUUAUUGAUCUGUAUUGUUUAGUUUCUUUGUUAGUUUUUUUUUCAAUUCUCUAGUACUUCGUAUGUAUCCUGCACUUGAUAUGAUAAUGUGAUACUCUAAAAUCCAAACGUACAAAGGCUCCAGCACCAGCGUCGCGCUUCAGACAGAAAGCAGAAUGAAGAGAUGAGACUGAGACACGGUUUGAAAUCUCAGAGGACAGAUGACAGUGGGGCGGGGAUGAGGAGCUGCCGAGGCCUCUGAAGAUGCACGGAGGACUUUAAAAUGCUCUCAGCUCAGUCUGGAGGACCAGGCCAGUGUCUCUGCAAUGCAUGUUUUAGUUUCCCUACGCUGAGCUACACAAUCUGUCCCCUAGAUUAGUUCAGAUACUUGAUCAAUCACAGGAAAGCUGCAGUAGAUAAAAUAAUUUCUAGUUGUUCAUCAAAAUGAUUGCAACAAUACUGACGGAUAACUACACACCCCCAUGUUGACAUCUGUUGAUUUAGUUUCACCUCUACUGCUAGUAAGUAGCUCAGGUUAGCUGUGAUUAUGGCGAGUUAGAUGAUUUCCCAGUGUAGAUCGAUGAGAAGUUUUUUUCUUCAAGUAUCUUCAAAUGCAGCAAACUGGAUUACUCAGAUGUUCUCUGCACAGACAACAAACUCGAUCUAAAAAACCGACUGAAAUAAGUUUCAUUUGCAAAAAAACAACCGAUGUUUUAAAACAUAAAAUACCUGAGUGUAUCAUCCUAACAGGAUUUGUUUUGUCUCAAGAUCCUGUAACAUGUUUUGCUGUCACAGAAAAGACAAAACUGGUUCUUAUUAAAAUAUCUCCUCCUAUAAAUAUCCAAUAAGUUACUCAGAUACAUGUGUGAUAUUUCCUUCUGUAGCGCAGAUAUGAGGAGGAAUAUGUAGGACAGAGCAACGGAGACGCCUAUAAAACAGAAGCCUUGAAAAGCAAGACGUGGAAUUUUCACGAAAGUGACACAAACAUCCAGACACUCUGUUCUGGUCCUUCACCUGAGCUGAUCCCUCCAGGUGAACCAGUGCCUUACAACCACACUCUGGAUCUGUUCGCUCACACAAACAGGAUGAAGUGAGUGUGUGUUGAAACUAGUCGGGCUCUUCUAAUUUCCGAGUGUCUCCUUUCUGCUCUUGUCCUCCGGCUGUGCGAGCUGCUCGGGCGUCUCGUGUACGUCUGAUUCCACCAAAGCAUGAAUGAUCCCAAGUGAGGGAAAAACUGACGUCACGCCUUUUAAUGUGUUUGUUUUUACUUAUUUUCUUUUCUGGGUUGCUCCUCGCUGGGAGGCAGCAUCAGUAUCUCAUUAUAGUCACUGCCAUGUGAAUCAGUACUUAAAGUAGAAACUUAUUUAUUCUUUUUUUCUUUUUAUUUUUGCAGAGGUGAUACUGAUCAUUUAGGUGUAUUAUUAUUUAAAGUACCAUAUGUAUUAACAUGUUAUGGCUGGUGACCAUACGUACAUCUCAAAUAUUAACAUAGUUGUUGCUGACAGACUUUUUUUUUUGUUUGUUGAUGUUUUUUGAACUAUAAUCCUGUUUGUAUCUAUCAUUGUCAUGAUGAGUUUUUCACUUGGAGCUUUGCAGCUUCCGUUCAGUUACAAAACUCAAAACAAAGCAGCGGUGUUGUUUGGGAAACCAGGAAGUAGAUGGGUCCCUCAUGGAUUUUCUGGACAUUAGAUGAGUUGUGGAGUGUGAACUUGGUGCUGUGUGGUCCUGUUUGGGAGAGGCUCAGAGGUUUCUGUUACUCUGUAUUUUUCUUGCUCUAAGAAAAUCCCAUGAAAAGAUGCAACAGUGUAUUAGUGCCGAUCAUGCAGUUUUGCAGCGUGGAUCUCAACGCUCUUGUCUGAGUGCGAUCAGUGUUUCUGUCCUCAGGUUAGUCUCAGUUUAGAAACAGACCUCAGCGAGCUGUGUAUUCAUGUGUAUUAGCUUUGGCUCAAAGACCCCAUGAAAUGACACAAGACACACUUCCCUACUUUUUAUCCAGCUGUUCUGAAACAAUUGUUCAUUUUACACCAUAUCUUUCCUUAAUAAUAUAUUGUCCCAUCAAAUUCUCCCUCUUGCCGACAGGCAUGGCCUAGUUUUUUCAGUGAACGUUUUCAGAAAAUCAAAGCAAAAUCCACAUAAACCUAAAUGUUAUUCUAUCAAAACAGAAUUUAAAAAAAUGAAAAGCUGAUGAACUGAAUUUAUCAAACAUGUUACAAUGCAAAACCAACAGACUCAGGAUGAAUACUCAUAUUUUUGACUUAAAGUUCAGGAUGUAUGUUUGAUGUCAUGUUUGUCCACUGGGUGGCAGCAGUAGGACACUGACUCACUGCACCAUCUGCUGGUACUAAGUGGUAUUACAAGACAAGUUUGGCUUGGCUCGGUUGCUAGCUUCUGUAUUUUUCACCACUGUUCUGAUUAAGUUUAAGUUCCUUUUAAAUGUUUCGGAGUAAAAGUUGCACACAAUCUUGUCAAGAAACCCUUUUAUAGCCUGUGUAUCAGGUGUUGACAACAACUUUUUUAGCAUAAAAAUGCAAGAAGAGCAGUGUCUCAUCAAAAUCUAAAGAUAAAAAGACACAUUCAGUAGUCACAAAAACGGAAACUGUCGAAAUUGGCUCAAUCCCCCCUCCAUCCUCUAUGAAGCAUUUUCACCACAAAAAAAACCUAAAAAUACCAAAUGAAAUCCAGUUUCAUGGGGUCUUGUCAUGGUGGGUGGCAGCAGCAGAAAGUCCAGUUGAAUAUCUCAGCUCUGUAGCACAGAAUAUCUUUUAUCAGUGUGGAUCUGCUCUUCUUAGGAUUUGUUCAGAAUAAGAAGAAUCUAUCAAACCUGCAGCAGUAAUGUAAUCAAAGGGAAUAUUCAAACUAGUAUAUUGCAGUAUUUCACCUAUCACUGUGCCAUAUUUGUUCUGUUACAAUAGGGUGAUUUCUUUGUUUUUGCGUUAAAGAGAAAAAAAAACACAAUUUCUCCUUUGUGCCACAUUUCCUUUAAAACCUGAGCUUUGAAAUAAACCUGAGUUCAUGUGAUCCGUGUAGGUGAGUGAACAAUGAAGCUGCUUGAUUUGUAUUUUGAGUACAGAAACACAACCAGAGGCCUCUGUUUAGUUUGCUCCGGGGGUCACAGAGGCGUCGCCCAUCUCCUCAAACCAAAUGUGUUUGUUUCUUUUUUAAUUUAUUGUAUUUUUGUUGUUGUUUUUAAAUGCAUAUCAGCUGUGUGGGUGUCCAGGAGAGCUUCUAACGCCGUGCACACUGCAGUAUUAACAGUUAGAUAAUGCCUUGAUAUUCCAAAAAAAGAAAAGAAAAACACCAUUAAUGUACUUCAAGAUGAGACAUGUAUGCGGUUUUGUAUCUUUUAUUUUUGUCAUAGUUUUUGCAGUUUAUGUCAAUAUGGGAUGCCAAGACUCUUUUGUUGUUGUUGUUGUUGUUGUUUGUUUUGUAAAUUCAGCAGCAUCUACUCAGUAACACAGUGUUACCGCUUGACUGUGCUCCUUUUACUUCAUUUAGUUUUAUUCUAUCAAAGAGCCGAUGUCCUGUAUUGACUGCAGGCUUACGUAUAUAUUUGACAAAAGAAUAUUGUAUGUUUAAUAAUAAAAAAAACAUAAAAAGGAAAAAAAAAUGAAAACGCUGGAAAAAAAGAAAGGAGAAAAUUGAAAAAAGGUGUAAUUUAUAUUUUAAAAAAUCUGCAUGCACGAGGCUGGGAAAGUCAUAUUUAGGAUAACAAAUGGCUGUGCCUUUUUGUACUCAAGACAUUUACCCCAACUGUAGAUGGGUUUUAUAUGGACUUCAAAAGAGGAAGCGGCUGCUUCGGGUCAUGUUCACACUGUUCGGAUCACAAAACCAUUCUGUUCAUUUAAAGUACUGAGAGUUUUGAUAACUUCUGUUUGUGUUUGUGUUCCUGUUUGUUCACAAACACACAAAAAAAAAGAACAAGUCUGUGUUUUUUUUAAACAUGUUGUAAUUACAGAGGUCACUCUUCAUUGUUCCAGAAACCAGUAAGUCAUACAGUUCCCUGAUUUUAUGUUGUUUCCCAGCUUGAAAUUGUUGCAUCCUGACUCAUCUGAUCUCUGAGAAAAAAUGAUCAGAUGGACUUUUCGAAAACCCACAAAUUCAGAGGUGCCAACACAGAGUAACCAACAAUAUUAAACCUGAACAGCGAUAAAAGUGGAUUUAAACAAAGCAGAAAAGGUGAGUUUCAGCAAGAAUGGGAGCGUCUUCUGGUGUUCUGGAGAAAAGAAAAAAAAAAAAACAUUGUGAAAACUUGUUUUGUCAAUUCAGAAGAACAAGAGUUUUUUACUUUGUGUGUAAAUGCA